AUGGCGGACACUCCAGCUUCAGGCGGUGUCCGCAGCCUCCUGGCCAAGUUCGAGAACAAUCAGAACAACAGCACUUCUCCCCCCUCCCGUGGACGCUCCCCGGCUGGCUCAGACAAUGCCGGGUCAGGCAGGCCGCUCUCCAAAGUGCGGGCUAGCUUCAUCUCUGUUGAGAAAAGUAUCCAAAAUGCGCCUCCGUCUGUGUUGCGCAAAUCAAAUGACAGUGAGAGCUCCUCUGGGUUGAAGGAAAGUGCCAUAGAAGACAAUGCCAACCCAAGAUCAGAGACAGUGUCGCCGACGCAAAGUGCGGAGAAAUCGGUCGAGACGCCCCAAAGCACAUCCCCAACGAGAACUAGCCCGAAUGCUGGUGGAUUGCAGGGAAACGGCAUAGCGAAUACGGAGAAGACAUUGGGUCGAAUCCUCCAAACCGGAGAAGACAGAGGCGCAGAAACCCACAACACCUGUGCAGAAGACAUCUCCAGUCGCUCAGAAGAACGAGAAGCACCGCNGAAAGCUAAGGAAACUGCCUCGAAUCGACAGGCACCAGCUUCCAAGACUGUUACGAAGCGUCCGUCCACCAUCUCAGUUGCUAAAGACACCAGCGCAAGCAAACUCAACUCCAAGCCAUCUCCUACCAAAGAACAGAAACCACCUACCACCUCCAAAACUUCUGAGACUCCCACCUCUCGCAGAAGCCCAAAUCAGGAGAAGCCUGCAGCUGCGAAAGUCGCAGCUACGAAGUCAUCUACAUCCUCCCCAGCGAAGCCAGCCCGCUCUGGAACCCCGUCGCAAGACAACUCGAAGAAGACCACGCAGCAUUCCUCCCCGAGACCACAGCCAAGGUCUCCAACUCGCCCUGUGCGUCUUCCUGCCUCGAUGACGGCCCCAACUGCAUCUUCCGCAGCCAAAAUGGGAAAUAGAUCCCCCAGCCGUGCGGCUACACCUCGUGCGAGUACGCCGCGUGCGAGUACACCGUCACAUGGACUUUCCCGAAAGCCAUCCACUCUUAAAGACGAGGCGCCGUCACGAUUCACGGCUCCUACUGCGUCGAGCCUUCGCAAACAGCCAUCGCGUCAGUCUCUGCCCGCCCAAACCCAGGUCAACCACGAGCGACCUAAGUCCCGUGUGAGUACGGCUGGCUCCAAGGCGCCUGACGAGAGUUUCUUGGCACGGAUGAUGCGGCCAACGGCAAGCUCCGCGAGCAAGGUCCACGAGAAGGUGGAGCCCAGGAGCCCUCCAAAAGCCGCCAAAACAGUGCCAAAACCUGUGAAGAAGAGCGGUGAUAAGGCUGCGGACCGUAGCAGGCCGACCUCCUCAACAAGCAAAGAGUCCCAGCCAGCGGAAACUUCCAAAGAAGAACCUGUCAAACAGAAAGAACCAGAGGUUGCUGUCACAGAAAAAGAAGUCCCUCCGUCCCAAGAGGAGCCCACAUCUAAGGAGCCAGCAGCUGACGCUCCUAGCGCAACUGCUCUUCAGGAGUCUGAGAAGGCAGCUACUGAACCUGCUGCCGACACUGUUAAGGUCUUGGAAGAAGUUAAAGCAGAACCUACGACUGUUACUACGACUGUUCGCGACGCUGUGUCUUCUGAAGCUCCUGCAGAAGUUCGGGGUGAAGAGUCUUCGAAAGAACUCGCUACUGAAGAUGCCCCGAAAGAGGCUCCUAGUGAGGCUUCUGAGGCGGCGGCUAGCAACCAGAUUGAAUCGCACGAGCAAUCAUCUGUCGAAACUGAGAAAGAGGCACCUGCAGAACCGAUUGUGAAGGCUACUGUGGACGCUACUGUGGACGCUACACCUUCUGAGGCACUCGAAACUUCUGAGAAAUCUUCCACGGCAAAUAUCACGGAAUCCGGUGCAGACGCCACGGAGGGAGGAUCCGGAGAGGUGCUUGCGACUGCGGAGAAGACCGGAGACAAGACAUCAGAAGCACAGCCAGAAGUUUCAUCCGAAAAGCCUGCUAAGGCUCCAUUGGACACCGCGGCCGGAGAUUCUGCAGCGCCGUUAGAUGCCUCAGAACCGAAGUCGGACGAGGUGGAAGUUGGCGCGGAAUAG